CCACCGUAACCACCAAUUGAAACCAUUUACAGUACAACAGCAGAGCCGCGCUCAUAAGGUCCACAUUCUUCAUCAUGGCAACACCUCGUUUUGCUGCGCUUUGCCUCCCGUUGUUUUAUAUCACUAUUCUGACGACCUCCGCCACGGAAGAAAGCGGUAAGCUCCUGGUGGUCUUUCUGGACGGAUUCCGCUGGGACCUGGACCGGCUGGAAGACUUGCCGCACCUGGCCGCCUUCUCAGCACAGGGAGUGAACGUGCCGUACGUCACACCUGCUUACGUCACGUUGACAAUGCCCAAUCUCUUCACCAUUUUGACAGGACUCUACCCAGAAAGCCACGGUGUGCUGCACAACUUACAUUUCAACCGGUCCUCAGUGCAGGGCUCUUUUCUAGAAGAUGCCGCAAAGUUAGCGGAGGCUGUCAGUCCCGGGGUGGUCCCGAUCUGGGUGACGGCCAGUCAACAGGGUCGGCGCACAGGGGUGUACAAUGCAGAUCCCGCCCCUGGCAUGCUACCUGACGUCUACGUGCCUUUGAUCAGUAUCAACGAGACAUACCAUGAGAUCGUUGCUGGCAUGGACGCUGCGCUGGACUGGUUUUCGACGGGGAAUGUUGACUUAACUGCUUUCUACAUCGGCUUGCUGGAUACAGUCUCGCACACACACGGACCCGAGUCCCCUGCCGCUCGAAAAGCACUUCAACAAAUAGACACUGCUAUCGGCUACCUGCUCCAACAGGUAAAACAACGAGGACUGACGGACCUGAACAUAAUCCUCAUGGCCGAUCACGGUAUGCGGCAAGUCUACGCCGUCCCCGAACCGAUCGAGAUCCUGCGCCACGUGAACGCUUCGUCUCUGCAGAUGCUGAUCGCAGACUUCGGGCCGCUGGCCCUGAUCCAGCCCGCCCCGGGCCGGAGGGAGGAGGUGUACGCCGCGCUGGCCGGCAGCCACCCCAACAUGACGGUUUACUACAAGGAGGACUUCCCGACCAGAUUCCACUACGCCAACCAUCCCCGCAUGACGGACAUCCUGGCCAUGGCGGACCCUGGAUACGUCAUCUACUCGCGCUACCCAGGAACGUACCGGGUUUACUCACAUCGCGGAGACCACGGGUACGAUAAUCGCGACCCGGCCAUGCGGGCACUGUUCCGGGCGUGGGGGCCGAACUUCCGGCGGGGCUACGCGCGACCCGACCCGUUCGACUCCGUCCACAUCUACCCUCUCAUGUGCGCGGUCCUCGGGGUGGAACCUGCGCCGAAUAACGGCUCCCUGGAGGUGGUCAAAGACAUGCUAGUCGGAGUGAGUAGCGACGCUUUACAGAACAUAGCUAAGGUCUACAUCUUGCUCAUUGCUAUGGUCUCCGUAACGAUGCUCAUCUGAUGAGAUGUUCAUAGUCGGAACGAGUAGCCACGGUUUACAUAACAUAGAUAAGGUCUACCCCUUGCUCAUCGCUAUGGUUUCUGUAACGAUGCUCAUCUGAUGAGAUGUUCAUAGUCGGAAUGAGUAGCCACGGUUUGCAGAACAUAGCUAAGGUCUACAUCUUGCUGAUUAUUUUAGUCUUCGUAACGACGCUCAUCUGAUGAAGACAGAUUAUAGUCGAAGAGAGCCAGCAGAUUCCAGAACAGGACUAAGACCAUGUUGAUCCGAUUAUAUGGAAAACAUCCUUUGGGAAUCCAAAAACUAAUGCGAGCGCGCUAAAAGAAAAAAAAUGUUUAAAAAAAUAUAUUUUCCUUCAGACCAUGUCGAUUUGAUAAAAUUGAUGACAUCCUGUGUGAAUCACAAAACUAUUGCGAGCAUGCUAAAAGGAAAAUUAUCCGUAAAAAAGUUCCUUCAUCAUGAAAGCUAAAUAGUCAGGUAGUUUGAAUAUUGGACUAGAAACAAAGACUAUACCAUACCGAACAAAUAGAUUCUUCAUUUUUAAUCUUUCAUAUCUCAUAUUUUAGUGGUAACAGUUACAUUUAUUGGUUAAGGUAUGUUUGAAUAUCUAUUAUAUAUUUUAGUAAUAAUUCGUAAUGUUAGAAGACCCAGUAAGACCUUUCACUAGUCAGGUAGUUUGAAUAUUGGACUAGAAACAAAGAGUAUACCAUACCGAACAAAUAGAUUCUUCAUUUUUAAUCUUUCAUAUCUCAUAUUUUAGUGGUAACAGUUACAUUUAUUGGUUAAGGUAUGUUUGAAUAUCUAUUAUAUAUUUUAGUAAUAAUUCGUAAUGUAAGAAGACCCAGUAAGACCUUUUACUAAUGGAACUAUUGCCAAACCUAACCAAAGUAAAAGAAGUCAGAAGCGGCUGUUAAAUGUUUCUUACCAUGACCUUACAAAUAACAUCAAUUAAGAUUAUAACUUAGUGGCACUUAUGUGUUAUUCCCUACUAUAUAAAACAAUUGUAGUAAGUAAGCAGAUAAAUUAAGAUGCAUCACAUGAAGAAAGACAAGUUGGUGUUCAAUCAAUUACGAAAAUUAAAUGAAACCUACAUGUACAAUCCAUAAUAGUAUAAACAAUAAUUGUCGAAAAUAUUGCAGUUUUGUGAGCAGUUGAAUAAAGUGUAUCCUAGUAGUAGUAA